AUGUCCUUCUCUAACUAUUCUAUUAAUAAUUUACAACUAUUUGACCUUGAUGAAGCUCUUGUAUGUUAUUCUUCCCCAACCAUCAUCACCAAACCAUCAUCAUCAUCACAUAAUUAUAAAAAUGGUAAUAACUUUAUCUCUAAAGUUUACAUGGAGUUAACAACUGUGAGUGUGGGUGCUGAUUCGGUGUGCUGCGUCUGUAUGGAAGGAUUCCAGUCUCCUCAUCAUAAUGAUUCUGCAAAACAGCUCCCAUGCCGACACGUGUAUCAUCCUGAUUGUAUUCUGACUUGGCUUUCGUCUUCUCAUCAUUCUUGUCCUCUUUGCCGCCAGAUUUUGAUCCUCCAUGAUCAUCACGGUCACGAUGAUCAUAUCAGAUAUGUUGCAUCCUCAGCUGCUAACUAA